CGGGGACUCGCUCCCGCUCCGGCUGCUAAUGGUUUAUUAGAAGGGCGGGGAUAAAAAAUUACCGCCGGCGCUCUCGGGGUAGGCGGGAUGGCUCGCCUCUGCGCGUCGCUCCACUUGUGGGCCGCCGGGGCAGAGCUGCAGUGGGCGGGGUGCCAGUUCCUUCCGCGAAGGGGAAGUGGGCAGGGCUGAUGCGCAGGGCUCCACGGGUGAUUUCGCGGGUUUCUGGCUUUUCCAAAUCCUUGUUUGUUUUCUGGGGGCCGAGCUCCUCUAAGGUCCGGGGGUUUGCGACGUCCCGCGCACGUCAUCACGAAGCUCUGUCAGAGGGUCCCGUUUCCUAGCUACGGUGCCCCCUCCCUCCUGGGGGUGAGUAGCAGACGGGCGGGCGAUCUGCGUCAGGUGUCUGCGUCCCGCCGAGGAGACAGCAGUCAUUGUGUAGCACUGGACGGGGAAUCAGGAGACCUGGUUUCUAAUCCCUGCUCUGUCACUAACGAGCUGUGUGAUCUUUGAAAAUCUCCAGAAUAUUCUGUGCCAUGGUGGAAAUAUUGGAACAAUCAGCCUCAUAAUGUGAUUUCUUUGAAGGAGACAGCACUCAAUUGAAUACAUAAGUUCUUAUAUGCGUAUUAUGAGAAGCUUAAGUGAAAAUGGUACAUAUUAGAAGACAUGAAACGAGGAAAAAUUCUAAAACUCAAGAGUGUGAACAGAAAUCUCGAGUGGAUUGGAGGCGGACUAAAAGAAGUAGUCUCUCACAAUUAUGUGAUAGUGAUGAUGAGCUUGACAGUGAUGAGGAGCUUGAUAGUGAUGAAAGUGUUGACAAUAAUGAAAGUGUUGAUAGUGACGAAGAACCUGAUAGUAACAAGGGGCUUGAUAGUAAUAAGAAGCCAGAAAAUGAAGGAGAGCUUAAAUUAAUUGAAGUUGAAAGUGAAGUAAACAGUAGUAAGCAUCUCAUUAACACUGGCAACAGUUCGACAUACGAAGAAGAAAAGAACAAAACCAAACAUGGAAGUAUUGACUUACCAGAUCAUGAAAAGCAUUCAGGUCAAGAGGAAGAUGAUCUCAACAAACACUCUGGACAAAUACCAGAGGAGGAUUUAGAAGAAGAACACAUCAAGCGAGGGAAGAGAAAAAGGAUCUCCUCUGUGAUGUACGACAGUGAUGAAAGUGACGACAGUGAUAUCCUAGUUAGAAAAGUGGGCGUUAAACAUCCGCGUAGAGUGGUUGAAGAUGAAUGUUCUUCAGUGGAGAUGGAGCAAAAAGAACCUGAAAAAACUUUAGCCACAAGAAAGCGAGAACAGCUCCAGAAACUGCAAGACCUCUCAAAACAGAGAUCUCGUCAGAGACGCAGUAGUAGUAGAGAUCUUGAGGACUCUGAAAAGAAAUCCUGCCCAAGCAGUGAUGAAAAUGAUGAUGAGGAGGAGGGGGAGGAGGAAGAUGAUUAUGAAUAUGAUGAAGAUGGAGAUGAUUAUAUUAUUGAUGACUUUGUAGUGCAAGAUGAGGAGGGUGAUGAAGAGAAUAAAAGCCAAGGAGGAGAAAAAUUGACUACAUCACAACUGAAAUUAGUAAAACAGAAUUCUCUUUAUUCUUUUAGUGACCACUAUACUCACUUUGAAAGAGUUGUGAAGGCUCUUCUGAUCAAUGCUCUAGAUAAAUCUUUUCUGGGAACAUUAUAUGAUGGCACCAGGCAAAAAUCAUAUGCACAAGAUAUGUUGACAUCUCUUCAUUAUUUGGAUAACCGCUUUGUUCAGCCUCGUCUAGAGAAUUUAACCUCUAGAAGUCGUUGGAAAGAGCAAUAUAAGGAGCGAGUAGAAAAUUAUUCUAAUGUAAGUAUCCAUUUGAAGAAUCCUGAGAACUGUUCCUGCCAGGCUUGUGGAUUGCAUCGCCACUGUAGAUAUUCGGUGCAUUUAUCAGGAAAGUUAUAUAACACCAGGACUAUGGAAAUAGAUGAUUUCAUGUCACAUGAUAAACAGGUGUUUACUGUUGGCAGAAUUUGUGCUAAUCGUACCAGAAUUUACCAUAAUCUGAAACAUUUUAAAUUCAAGCUGUACGAGGAAUGUUGCUCCAUUGCAAAGACAGAAGAGGUUGAAGAUGAACAGGUUAAAGAAGCAGUGGAGAGAAUUUUCAAUCAGUCAAAAGAAAGUGGCUGGAUUAAGGAGAACAGUUCUUGUGACCUGAGAGAGAAGAAGCACCUGGUGCCAAUCUGAGGAAAGGAUCUCGGCUGCCAGGUCUAAUACCACCCACAUCCUCUUCUUGAGGACAUGGGACUGAGCAGUGAGCACUGUAACUGAAGAUCAAGGGGAAUGCAGAGGUUUCAGGCCACGGCACUGAUUUUGAUUCCCCCAUAUCCUGUUGAUCACUAAAUUUGAUAUCAGGGAUAAAGUGGGGGUUUUGAAGAGUGCACUGGAUUCCCGAAGAUCUGCUGGCAGCUCAUAAGCUCUGGUCUGCUCACAGAGCUUUUAGAAUUGUUACGGUGCAUGGAAAGAAUGCUAAAAUGAUUGCAAUCUUCUAAAACAAGUCUAGUUACAUGACUGUAUAAGAGAGAACAGAUAAGAGAUUUUCAGGCAACUCAGAUCAACAGUAUAUUUAAUCUUAAAAAAAUAAAAAGGCUGACUUGAGAUCCAUUGCCUGCGUUAUUUACAUCAUAGGGAAAUUUGUAAAAGCGAAAAAUAAAAAGAGAGCUUAGAGAAUAAACUUACGAGCAAAGGGAAAGAAAAUGAGAACAACAAAACAGGAACUUCUUAGGACAUUACAAGUUCCACAGAGGUCUCCUGGGCUGGUGAAUGACAUCAAGAUUGGUUUCCCUUUUGACAAUUAUCCGCCCACCACAAACCACCACCCAGUGAUCUCCUUGCCUGCCCCCCACAUCUUGACCCUUAAGUCGUCUUGUUCUCAUUUUUCUCUCUUCAGCUUUUUAUCUUUUACUUUGCUUCCACUUCUCUCACUCCCAAUUCUUUCCUCCUUAUCCUUCUCUGUGCUUUUUCAUUUGCCUUGGGGAAGAGCGAUCACUUACCCAGUAAGUCCCAACUUCAUUUUCCUUAAUGUCAUUAAAUUCUUAAGUGCUUUUAUUGAUGCAUUUAAGUGUUGCCAACCUUCUACUGGAGUUGAAAGACCUAUUGGAACACUACAUUUUUAAAAAAAAUUAUGUACUAGGUGUAGCAAAAUCACUGUGCAUUACAUAUAUUAUAUAAUAAUUUUGUAUAUAGGGAAGAACAUUAAACUUCUUGCAGAAAAAAGUAAAAGCAUUUCCAAAUCACAUACCUUAGAGAAAGCUUAACAAGGUCUAUGACAACAGAAGGGACCUGGAAUAAAAAAAUAUUCUUAAGAAAAGAAAGCCAAGUAUCACAUUAUGCUUAAAGAAUAACACUUAGCAUUGGGCACUGAAGGUAUUUCGAGAUGGUGCAUAUUUAGGACAAUGUGCACAUUUUUUUUCACAUAAAAUACCAAAGAACUUAAUUUUCUUUUUGAGAUCCCUCCUACUUUAAAAAAAUUGUCUAUAGACUUUCUGAAAAGAUUUCCUAGAAACCAAAGAAGUUUAUUAGCCAAUAUAAACCCAUAUGCAGCUUUUUGUGCUGUGAUUAAACUUCAGGAUGUAUCAAGUACCCUGACAUUUCUCAACAUCACUCUGCCUCGCCCUCAGUGUGUGUGUGUAUGUGUCUUUGAGUAAUAGCACUACAUGUGUUCUUGUGAUGCAUGACUUCUUCUUGGCCACAGUUAUUCUAACCCUUUAGAAUGCCUGGGCUCAGUGCUAUUAUGCUUGAGUGGCCACAUCCAUGGCUGUUUCUGCUCUUAGCUCUCAAUUAUUAUGUGAACCCCUUCUUUUACCUUACACAAACUAUCUGUUCCUGUCUUUCCUCCCACAGCUUGUGUUUCACACCUUGCUUUUUUCCUUACCUGACUCUUCUUCCUCUGAGCAUUUUUCUUCCAUUAUCUCGGGAUAUCUCAGCAUUUCUUCCCAAAGACCUGCGAACUAGACUAACUUCAUUCUUCUUAUUCUUCCUCCUAACAGUUGAACUAGGAGAUCUGUUUUUAACUAAUGAUAUUAAAAGGGUAGGAGCAAUUCAAGUGUAAGAAAAGAACAAAUGAUAAGAAAAUUAUAAUGCAAAAUUAUAAUAAAAUGAAAAUAUAUAAUAAACAUAAUAGUAAUAUAUGUCUCGUUCUAAAUUAGAGCUGAAGAACAUAGUAUCAUAUGCACUGGCAAAUUCUAUCAAAUGUUUUUUCUUUAAGAAGAGAGUGCCUAUGAUGAUGGGGUUUCCAGGGAAGUUGAAGACAGGAUUGUUGGGAUGGGGUGGUGAAUACAUAACACCAGGAAGUGAAGAAAGUAUGUCCAUAGAUGUAUCAAGUUUCAGUUCCUAUCACCACAAGCGUCAGAGUUAUCAGGAUCCUCACUCACUUUACUGGGAGUAAAACCAGAGCUCAUAAGUAGAGUUAAGAAACCAUUAGGUCAGUUCAUCUCCUCAGCUGAAGGAAGCACUCUGAACUCUGUCAACCUUGAAAUCUCCAAAUCAUCCCAAUUCCUCUCUUCUCUUGUCCUGCCCUGGUCUUUACUCUCCACCUUCAUUGCUGUCACUCAAAUGUAGGCCCUCAUUACCUAAAUUAUUACAGUAGACUCGUAACUAGUUGCCAAACCAUUCUAGACUAGAUGUUUCACCUUUUUUUUCCCCAAAAAAUACACCUCAGAUAGUGUCAAUUUCCUGCCCUAACACCUUUGGCAGCUUUCCAUCGCCUGUUACAUUAUUGCUAAACUCUGUAACCUAGCAUUUCAUACUACCUCUUUGGUUCAGUCUUAUCUCUCUCAAUUCCCCUACAAAACCUCAGAUUGUAGUCAAAUCCCGUGCUUUCUUGUCUUGUCACUGUUGUAUGGACUUUUGUCUCCUAGAGAAAACUCUCCACCAAAUCGUUGCCUACCAAAUCUUUUUCCCCAGGACAGCUUAAAUGCCACUGUUUCCUGGUCAUCUCAGCUAACCAUAACCUCUCUUCUGAACCCGCAUAACAGUGUCUAUACUUCUUUAUGGCACUUGUUAUUUGUUGUCAUUGGUGAACUCUGUUCUCCUUAGGGGCAGGGAAAGCAAUUUUUUUAAUACCUAGACAGUCAUUAGCAGAGUAUUUGAUAUGUGUUAUGUGUUCAGCAAAUUUUUGUCGAAUAAGUUAUUGAAGUUGUUAUAUUUCUACUAUAAAUAUGAUAAUAGAAAACUUAUAAUUUAUAAGAAAGUUAUGAAAUUAAUAAUAAUGUUCAUUUUGAUCUCUUUCCAAUGCUUUAUAUGAAUUAGAAAUGCUUAUUUGAAAUUGAGUCCCUUUUCAUAAUAAGAUUUUUGUUCACAAUUACCAUGAGAUUAACUUGUUCCUAUUUGUGUCUGUAGAUUGAAAAGGCCUAGUUUAUCUUCACUGCUUUGAGUAAAAUAACUAGCUUUUUUAUUGUAU